UUUUGCAAGUGGGAGAACAGAGUCCAUGGUGAAGAGAGACUCACUUUCCCGUGUGACACAGCUAUCAAGUGGCAGAACCAGGACUGGACCUCGUCUUGCUUACUAAGGCCUUCUAUCCACCGUCCUCACUGAAAUGAACAUACUCAUCAAUAUGAUGAACUCCCCAACCUUCCAAGUUGUCCCCCUUCUGCAUCAACCACCUUGCACUGUUUUGGGAAUCAGAAAUGAAGAAUCAACCAGUGGAGGCCAGUGUGCCUGGGUCUGCACAGCACAGUUCAGCACAAGGAAGAAAGGUCCUGUGUCCUACAGUAUGCCUGAAUAUCUGACUGGACACUCAUCUGAGCCUGGAACUUGUGUCCGCUUAAAGCACAGAAUGGCGUUUAAUGAUUGCUUUAGUUUGAACUAUCCUGGCAACCCUCAGCCAGGUGACUUGAUUGAAGUGUUUCGUCCUGGCUAUCAACACUGGGCACUGUACUUGGGUGAUGGGUAUGUUAUCAACAUAGCACCUCUAGAUGAUGGCAUUUCUGCACCGUUUACAAGUGCCAAGUCUGUAUUCAGCAGAAAGGCCCUGGUGAAGAUACAGCUUUUGAAGGAUGUUGUGGGAAAUGACACAUACAGAAUAAACAAUAAAUAUGAUGAAACAUACCCACCACUCCCCGUGGAAGAAGUCAUGCAACGGUCAGAGUUUGUUGCUGGACAGGAGGUGGAGUAUGACUUACUUGUCAACAACUGUGAGCAUUUUGUGACUUUGCUCCGCUAUGGAGAAGGAGUUUCAGAACAGGCCAGCCGAGCAAUAAGUACCAUUGGGUUUGUGACAGCUGCUGCUGGUGCCUUCUCUUUCCUUGGCUUGUUUCCAAAAAGACUAAGAGCAAAAUACUAUUAAUUUACUGAAGAGAUAUUGGAGCUGAAGGAAUUUGUGAGGAGGAAAAGAAACUUGGGAUGAAUACUUAUUUUCAAUGUAUCAUUAUUGUUCCAAAUUCCAAUGAUGGAUGGCAGGCUCUUUAAUAAAUUGCUUACUG